AUGAAGCAUAUGUAUGAGCUGGGUAAAGGAAAAUAUGGAGAAGAGGCUAUAACAACAUUGGUGGCUGCGAUGACAGAUCCAUUAUACACUGGUAUGGUUAUCGUGAUUGCAGGUUACCCGAAGGACAUGGACAUCAUGCUAAAUCGGAACGCUGGUCUCAAAAGCCAAUUCAAACGGUUCAUUGACUUUCCGGAUUGGGAAGCGGAUGACGGAGUUACAUUUCUAAAAGCAAAGGCUGACAAGGAAGAGAUCACGUUGGACAACGCCGCCGAAUAUGUGCUGCGAAAAUUUUUCCUAGAGCUGAAAACAUUAGACGGCUUUGGUAACGGCCGUGAUGCUGUUCGAGUGUGGGAGGAACUAUUGCAGUACCGUGCACAAAGAGUGUUCCAUUAUCCGGAAGAAGCUCGCACAAUAACAGCAAAGAUGCAGAAAUAG